UGUUCCAUUCACCACCCCCCCUCCCAUCAACGCUCUUGCUCUCCCUCAGAUGAUCUCUCUAAGCGCCCAGCCUUCAGUAGCGGCUGUGAUGUGCCUUUCUUAGCGUCCGAUUAGGGGCGCUUGCAAUCCCCAACUUCCACGAAUGAGACGGCCGAUCACCCUGCCGAAAGUGAUGCCACCUGCAGUGGGCGUCUUGGAUCUCCUUCUUGGUCCAAUCCCAGGCGUUGAUCUGCCUCUUACUCCCCUCACGUACAUCCAAUGCCUUGCUGCAGCUGUCACUUUUGUUCACAGAGUUCUUGUGUAGCACACCUCAUCUGCGGGUGUGGUCACAUCGCGCUUCUGCAUCCUCACUCGUCCGGCAUGUUCUUCUCCUCCCCGCUGUGUCUGGAGGUGGGCGCUAUGGCAGGAUUUAGCUCAUGCCUUGGGUCCCUCAAAAAGUCUUGUCCACCCGCUCCUCCUCCUAACCAUGCUGGAAGCUUGUUUCGAGGAUGAUCGUUUGGGACAAUUGAACUGUUCGCAUAUUGGUUGACGUCGAGUUGACUUGAUUCUCUGGAUGUGUUUCUAGUCGAGAGAGCACAGGAGACUUCCACAUCUCUGCGCUCUUGCGCCGUCUUUUGUCAGCUUUACUUCUUGGUCUCCCCCUUUCUUUAUCUUGGUCAACGAGGCUCAUUCUAAGCACCAUGACCUUCCAAUCAUCAAUAUCCAAAUGGAUGGCCAUUCUCCUUAUAUGCCUGGGCUUGGCAAACGCCCACACGGUCAUCACGUAUCCCGGGUAUAGAGGGAAUAACUUGCACACAAACGGCACCGUCGAGGAAGCCAAUGGUCUCGGCGCAGCCAUCAGGCUUAACUCUUCAGCCAAUGCAACUGACAGUUACUCCUUGAUAUAUCCCUAUGGGCAAGAAUGGAUUUACCCUUGCGGAGGCAUGCCCACAUCAACCAACAGAACUAAAUGGCCCGUCCGCGGCGGUGCGGUCGCUUUCCAACCUGGCUGGUUCCAGGGUCAUGCGACAGCGUUCAUCUACAUCAACCUGGGUUUGGGAACGGUGCCCCCGAAUAUGAGCCACCCCAUGAUCCCACCCUUCCAGAUCAACGGUCCUUCCAAUGACCCGUAUCCGGGCACGGUCUGCUUGCCACAAGUCCCGUUGCCGGCCAGCAUCAGCGUGAGCCCUGGCGAUCAUGCUACGAUCCAAGUCAUUGAGACGGCCAAGCAUGGCGCCGCUUUGUACAAUUGUGUGGAUAUCGAAUUCGCCGAACCAGAAGACGUCGCCGAGGUCACCCGCGAUAAUUGCUUCAACUCGAGUCAUAUCACCUUCUCACAGGUCUUCGCUUCAACAUCGCUAACUUCGGGUGCAACGAGAGGGACGUUUACAACACUAUUACCUGUGGUUCUGGCGACUGUGAUGGGUUUUAUGAUGAUGUAAAUGUUCAUUUUGUUUGUCACGAUACUCGUAAUUGAGCCCGCUUGCUAGGCCGACUUAACACCCAUAUAUACAUACCAUACCCAAUAUAGUUUCCGACUUCUCACUCUACAUGUGGUUAAAUGUGUGCAUUAACCUGCUUAAUAUGAAACUUUCUCACAAUAUACAACCAUGCAUACAAUGCCCUUUCCUCCUGUCGUCAUCUACAAACCCCGAACCAAUUCCAAAACAACCUCCACAACAACAUCAGGACACUCCUGCGGCGCCCAAUGCCCAACCCCAUCAACCAACCUCAAGAUCCUAAAAUCCCCACAAACCCUCCCGUCCACCAUCUUCUCCAAAGCCCCAGGCUCCUGAUAAAUCCCCCAAUCCAACUUCCCCGACACAAAAGCCGUCGGCACCUCAAUCUUUCUCCCGGCAAACACAUCGAAAUCCCC